AUGAACAGACGUUCUCGAGGAAAUAGAUCGAUUGAAACAUAUCAAUUUAGUCAAAGAGACAUUGCACCACGUGGCAUUAAACCUAUCGAGGACCAUAUUGAACGAACCCCCGAGUAUAAUGCCUUCAUGAAAAGUUUAGAAGAGUUUCAUAAAUCCCAUGGUACUACCUUACAAAAAGAGCCUGUUUUGGGUUCCAAAAAAUUAGAUCUCUAUAAAAUAUAUCGAAUGGUGAUUGCGAACGGCGGUUGCGAGAAAAUUUGUUCCGAGAAGGCGUGGAAAAAAAUUUGCGAGCCGUUCAAUUUUCCUCAUACUUGCACGAACAGCGCUUACGUGAUGAAGAAUGUUUAUAUAAGAUUUUUGGAAGCGUAUGAAUUGGAGAAUCAUUGGGGUAAACCGGUUCCUUACGGAGGUCUACCUCAUCGACCAGGGCCACCAACUCCACAACCACAGGAUCAUUUAUCGUCUACUCCUCAAGGAAAUAUCACACCACCAAGAAAAGUUAACUCUCUAGACAAUAUGAAAAGUUUACAAUCAUUGCGUGUUAUGCCAAGUAAUCAUGAUUCGAUAACUCCAAUUCAACAUUAUGCUAAUUAUGAUCAACCUAGUGUUCUAAUGGAACACUUUAUUGAUGAUGAAAUAGAAGAAGAGCACGAUUCUCUUUUUGGCGGAGGAUAUAAUAAUCGUAUCCUUCUCGCUUUGAAAUCUCAGCUACCAAAUGAAAUUGAUUGGGCAUUUGAAGUGUUGAUACAACUUUCAGAAGAUGAAAAUAUCAUUUUUUAUAUAAAUAAAAUCCCUGGACUCAUAGAUGUCAUUCUUACAUUUGUGGCUCCUUUUUAUAAGGAUAUGCGGAAACUUACUGAAUUAGCUAGUGUCAAAGAGAUUGGGAAAGAUGGAGAUUAUAUUGAAUCUACUAUUAAAGAAUAUUUUAGUUCAUUAGCAAGCACUGAACAAUUGAAACGAGUUAUGCAAAUAUUUCUAAUAUUUCGAAAUUUUUCAUUCCUGGAAUUUAAUUCUGAAAUAAUGGCUACUUAUAAACCAUUGCGAAGAUUCCUUAUCGAAGGACUUAAUUUACCUGAAAUUACUCGAUUUUCUGAGUUGACUUAUCAUUGUUUGGAAACUGUAGAAAACAUGUGUAAAUUCAUAGUAUUGAAAAGUGGAAGAGAAGAACUUCUUUUAACCUUACCAAAGAUGCUUUAUUCCAAUGAUUCUGCUUUAAUCAUUCGUAGCAUUCGAGCAUUAACACGGUUAGCUUCCAAUGAAAAUAAUGUAGAAUUUAUGCAAGAAAUCGAUCCCAAUAUGGUAGAACGUCUAGUUCAAUUUUUGCUAAUUGAUGAUGAUGAAGAAAUUAUUGUUGCCGUAUUGGAUUGGUUCUAUCAAUAUACAACUUGCGAGGAAUCGGCUUAUAAAUUAGCCCAAAUUGUACCUUGUAAUUUCGUACGGAUUUUAAUAAGUUUCUUAAGAUAUGGAGCAAGUGAUGAGGAUUUCCAGCAAAAUCAAAAAAUGCCCGAAAAACGUUCAUUUCAGAUCCGCGGUGAAUUUGAAAACUUUCCAGAACCAUAUCGUACGAUUGAAUGGUUAAAAAAAUAUUAUGAAGAUACUUCCGAUGAUGGGGUUUUACAAACAGAAAUUUGGUAUGCUUAUCGUGAUCAAUUCAUGAAUUCACCCACGCCAAUGUUGCCAGCUGCAGAGGUUAUUAAGAACGUUAAUAUGGCUUUCCCAGAUUCUUCUGCAAUCAUGAUAACAGCAGAAGAUGGAAUUAAACGCAGAAAAUGUCCGGACGAAUUAUCUGGAGCAGUUCCUUCGUAUCGAUGCCGAUGGACCAAUUGUAACGAUGUUACGUUUUCAAAGGAUACUGAAUUGUAUAAGCAUGUAUUUAAUGAACAUGUCAAUACAGAACAAGAGUGUCAUUGGAUGGAUUGUAAACGUUUUUCUAGUGGUUCUACAAAUCGAAUUGCAGUUAUUUCUCACGUCAAAACUCAUUUCCCUGUUGAGCCAGAUAUUGAUUCAGAAGGGAGAAGACGCAAAGCAAAGACAGCUAAAGUAAUGUAUAAAUAUGGUAAAAACAAUGGCAUCAUCAAUCAUAGAACUUAUGUAUCAUCCGAUACGAAUGGUGAUGCUCUUGGAAUUCCAUUAACAGCAUCCUUGGUACUCAGAAAUUUGUCUACUUCAAGGAAAAAUUUACAUUAUUUUGUUGCCUAUGAACAAGAACUUACAGAGAUGUUAGCUAAUUGUGUUGGUUUGUCAAAACAUUUAGCUGAAACAUUAAGUAAUUUGAGAUCAGUAUAA